AGGUAUGCAGGCCCCGGCGGCCCGAUCACACUGGGUCGAGUUCUCAAGUAAGUGAGGAAGUGAACCUGGACGGGUUCCCGGCCUUGUGCGCAGCCCGGGCAGGUACACGAUCUGGGGCGGCACGUCGCUGGUAGCUGCUUGCGCUGGUUAUAAACAGGGAUCGGACAGCUCCUCCUCCCUCGCCGUGGUGUCUGACCGUACGUCGUCGGCGACGAAGCAUCGAUCCGGCCGGCCGGAGAGGUUCAUCAUUACACAGCUGGAUCGGAGGAGCUAGCUAGUAGGAAGCAGAGCAGGCAUGGAUCAGCUGGUCACCAUGGCGAUGGCCGCUCAGCCGGCGAGCCCCACCUCGCCGCACGUCGCGCACAAGAUCCCCGCCGGCGACGGGCCUUACGCUAGGGCCAAGCACUUCCAGCUGGUGGAGAAGGACCUGGACGCGUCGAUCGCGUGGUUCUGGAAGGCGAUCAGCACGGGCGACAAGGUGGACAGCGCGCUCAAGGACAUGGCGGUGGUGAUGAAGCAGCGCGGGUACCUGACGGAGGCCAUCGACGCCAUCCGGUCGCUCCGGCACCUCUGCCCCAAGCAGUCCCAGGAGUCGCUGGACAACAUCCUCCUGGACCUCUACAAGGCCAGUGGCCGGACCAAGGAGGAGAUCGAGCUGCUCAAGCAGAAGCUCCGCAAGAUCUACCUCGGCGAGGCGUUCCAUGGCAAGACCACCAAGCGCGCCCGCUCGCACGGCCGCAAGAUCCACGUCUCCGUCAGGCAAGAGACCUCGCGCAUCCUGGGCAACCUCGCGUGGGCGUACAUGCAGCAGCGCAACUUCAUGGCGGCGGAGGUGGUGUACCGGAAGGCGCAGAUGAUCGACCCGGACGCCAACAAAGCCUGCAACCUCGCGCUCUGCCUCAUCGAGCAGACCCGGUUCGCCGACGCCGAGCUCGUCCUCGCCGACGUGCUCGCCGGGAGGUACCUGGCGCGCGACCAGCAGCAGGACGGCAAGAUCGUCCGGAAAGUGGAGGAGCUGCUGGCCCGGAUCGUGGCGCAGACGUGGCCGGGCGGCGGCGCCAACAGCGGACGCCGCCGGGACGAGAGCGGGAGCGAGAGCGACGACGACGAUGACUGGGUCGAGAACCAGAUGUUGGCUCUCCUGGACGUGGCGGUGCCGUACCGGAAGAGCAGCAAGAGGCUGCCCGUGUUCGAGGAGAUCUCGCCUGUCUACAGGGAGCAGGUGGCUUGCUAGAAGCCAUAGAUCAGUAGCAGCAGCAUGUUUUAGGGCCGCGGGAGUGUGUGUGCCGAUCGAGCUCCAUGCCUCAUCGAGUCUCUUGUCCAGCUCGAGCUUUUGGAUGAACUCCGUGGCGCUAGCAGUAGCAUCAGCAGCAGAAAGGUAAAGCGUACAAGUGUGUGUGCGCCUUGUGAAUCUGUGGAGCUGAUGAGAUAGCAGUGUGCAGUAGCAUCAGCAGAAAGGUAAAGCGUGUGUGCGUCAGUGUGUGCCUGAUAUGCAUCUGUGGAUAUUUUUUUGCAUGCAUGCAUGCUUGUGUGGAUAUUUGAUGUCAUAGUCGUGUGUUGUAUGUGCUUGUAAUGUGUACAUAUUUCUUUGUUCUAAGUGCAAACCGGACCGAUCC